CCAAAAGACUGAGGGAAGCACAUGGAACUGUAAGGGGAGGAGAGAAAGUAGAAGCAGCGAGAGAGGGCGAGUGAGUGUACGCGCGCCCUCUGGGAUGCGAUUACCAUUUGCUAAUCCUUCGCAUCGUGGAAGGGCAGCUCGCCACAGAUCCGGUUCCACUCCGUGCAAAGAAGUGACCUCGCCAGGUUCCAGACCUUGCGCCGGGUUCUAGGUGUCGCGCUGCACUCACCGGCGGGUUCCAGAUCCCCGACUUUCUAGAGUCUGGUAUAUUCCAUGUCCGUCCCUCCCGGCAGAGCUCUAGGUUCGGCGCUGCAGAUCCCCACCUUCUUCCAAGGCUGCUGGGGGAAAAGAAGGAUGGGCAGCCGCUGUCUGCGUGCUCCGCUGCUGGUGCUGCUCCUGGGCGCCCUCGCCGGACUAGCUCCGGCUGCCGGCACCCGCUAUGAUCCGGAGGAGGACGACGACCUCAUCCCGUCCUUCGUCUUCGAAGAGGAGAACCAGACCGAUUUUGGGAAAUACAGAAGCGGAUUCGCCGCUUUCCAUCGGAGCAAUAAGGAUGCGUGGCGCCUACCAGGGCAUUAUAUUGUGGUGCUUAAGGAAGAAACCCUUAGAUCCCAGACCUCACGGACAGCCAAGCGUCUGCAGUCCAGAGCAGCCAAGCAUGGCUACCUGACCAAAAUCCUACAUAUCUUUGAGGACUUGUUCCAGGGCUUUGUUGUGAAGAUGAGCAGUGAUGUGCUGCAUGUGGCUGUGAGGCUACCACAUGUGGAUUAUAUAGAAGAGGACUCCUACGUGUUUGCGCAGAGCAUUCCCUGGAACCUUGGCCGGAUCGUCCCACUGCAGGACAAAACUAGUGAAUACAAUCCUCCCAAUAGAGGUGACCAGGUUGAAGUCUAUCUGUUGGAUACUGGCAUCCAGAGCAAUCACCGGGAAAUAGAGGGCAGAGUGUUUGUGACCGAUUUUGAGAAUGUCCCAGAAGAAGAUGGCACUCGUUUUCACCGACAGGCCAGUAAGUGUGACAGCCACGGGACCCACAUGGCCGGCGUUGUGAGUGGGAGGGAUGCUGGUGUUGCCAAAGGAGCCAGUGUUCGUAGCCUCCGAGUGCUCAACUGCCAGGGAAAGGGCACUGUGAGUGGCACCCUAAUUGGAUUGGAGUUUAUUAAAAAGACCUUGGCUGCCCAGCCCUACAGUCCUCUGGUUGUUUUGCUUCCCUUGGCUGGUGGUUAUAGCCACAUCCUGAAUGCGGCCUGUCGCCUGAUGGUGCAGAUGGGGGUAGUGAUGAUUGCUGCAGCAGGCAACUACAAGGAAGACGCUUGCCUGUAUUCACCAGCAUCGGAACCAGAGGUUAUCACAGUUGGAGCCACCAAUGUUCAGGACCAACCUGCUUCCAUGGGGACCUUGGGAACCAACUUUGGCCGUUGUGUAGAUGUGUUUGCCCCCGGAGAUGAUAUCAUUGGUGCCUCCAGUGACUGCAGUACUUGCUUCACAUCACAGAGUGGGACAUCCCAAGCAGCUGCACAUGUGGCAGGAAUUGCAGCCAUGAUUCUGAACACCAACCCUGACCUGUCCAUCUCUGACUUGAGACAGAGGUUGAUCCACUUCUCCGUCAAAAACCUUAUCAAUGAGGCUUGGUUUCCAGAAAACCAGAGGCUACUAACCCCCAACAGGGUGGCUGGGCUUCCCUCCAAACUGGUAGCAGAUGAACAGUUGUACUGUCGCUCUGUGUGGUCUUCCUUGUCUGGGACAACUAGCAAGUCAAUAGCUGUUGCCCGCUGUAACAGCAAUGAAGAAAUGUUCAGCUGCUCAAGCUUAUCGAUGAAUGGCAAGCGGCAAGGCGAGCACAUUGAGGAUAACGGAGGCAGGAAGGAGUGCGUGGCUCAUAAUCGAUUUCGGGGCCAAGGUGUCUAUGCCGUAGCCAGGUGCUGCAUUUGGCCCAAAGCUGCCUGCCAGGUUAAUGCCCACUCACCAACUGCAGAGGGCACAGCAUUGCAGAGUGUCAGCUGCACUAAGGGCAGCCAUGUUUUGACCGGUUGCAGCUCUCAUUCUCUGGCUGGAGAUUUCAGUGACAACAUCAGACCUGUACUCAGGGCAGGAAACAACCAUGAUGAAUGUGUUGGCCAGGCAGAUACGACUGUGCAUGCUUCCUGUUGUCAUGCACCCAGCCUUGAGUGUAAGGUACAGGAACACUCUUCUCUGGAGUACACAGCAAAGGUGAUGGUGACUUGUGAUGAUGGCUGGACUUUGACAGGCUGCAAUGCCCAGGCCCAUGGCCCCAGCACGCUUGGUGCAUAUUCUGUGGACAACAUGUGCAUAGUAAGGAGCAGCCCAGGGGGCAAAGGAGCAACAGCUGUUGCCAUCUGCUGCAGAAAGAGACUUUUAGAGAAUGAGAAGCACAGUUCCAAUUAUAAGUGACAGAACUCUUUUCACCCCUUUACUGUCCAUGGAACUCUUGUGUUAUGAAACCCUGUAACAUCAUAUCGGUGAACUGUACAUCUCUCCCAAUCAAGUUUGAAGAAAAUAUUCUUCCACGUGGGACUCUAGUACCACUGGAAAGUGCUUGUGGUGGCCACAGUGGAAUGUUCCCAGUAUCACCAUGAGAGUACGAGCAUCUUCACUGUGGAGAGGCUGGUCUAUUUGAUGCCUAGGUAAUACCAAAUGAGCUGCACUCGCAAAAUAAUUUUGGACAACAGCUUAGUCAAUACUUCUCCCAGCUACCCUCCAUAUAUUUAGGACUUACGACUUGUUCAAGUAUUUGAAGGCUGACAGCAUCUCUUCCUUACAAGUUUCUUCCUAUUCUAAUACUGCUAGGCAUCCAAAUAUAAUCCUUAUUGUAAUUUGAACCAUUCACAGUGGCUUAUUGUCUGAAGACAACCUGAACUGGGUAUGUUCCGUGCUCAAAAUAACACAAAAGUGCAUUUCCUUAAUUGGUUUUACUUCUAUGAUUUUUGAAGAACUGUUCAGUAUUUCCGCAAGAGCAGGGGAUAAAGAGUAUGAAUGAAUCAGUGCAAGGAGAAGUGCCAGUGGAGAGGAUUUUUGUGAGGCACUUUAGCUUGGCCUGAACUCCUUUAUGUAACCAGCAGCUCUCCUUUGUGUAGAUUAGAAACUUUUCUUAAGACUAUAAAUGUAGAUUCUCUCACCGUUCAAAAUUCUGCCCCAGAUACCAGAUUACUAAAUACUUUUGCACAAAGACCUAAGCAUUACACUGUAGGUUCAGCUUAAAAAAUUUUUUUUUUUCAAAGGAGGCAUUCCAUCUUACAAAACGUAGUAAGUAGCAUUGUAUCUCUCAGGUCAGUCUCACCUAGAAUCAGUUGUGCAAGUGUUAGCAUUCAAGACUUCUUUCCCCAGCCAAUGUAGUUAACAAGAUGGCCUAUCUAAGACAUACAGAAUAGGAAAAAUAAGGUCAGAAAACCUCUAGCACAAUCCUUAAUCAUAACUAUUACAGCAGGGAUGAGGAACCUGUGACUCUCCAGUUGUUGCUGGACUACAAUUCCCUUCUUCUUUGACCGCUGGCCAUGCUUAGCGGGGGGGUCUUGGAGGACCAUAGCUUCCCUAUCCCUGGUUGUAGAGGAUAGCUGGGGAGGGAACCACAUUGUGUAAGCCAACAGUUCCCAAACUUUCCCCUACCCACACACAUCACUUGAAAAUUGCCAAGCGUCUUUGCAGACCACUUAAUGAUUUUUCUGUCUGUUGUGGCAAUUAUGAUGCCUUUUACUAAAUGCUAUAUGAUUUUUAACUGUAUUUUUAUUGCUUCUUUUACUUCUUGUAUUUUAUCGUAUUUGAUAACUAAUAGUAUAAGAAAUAAAAGCUGCAGUAGAAACACAAUUAAAAAUCAAUACACACACAUGAAUAUGGUAGAUGUGCCGUCUCCCAUCUUCAACCACAAAUCCACAUACAUGCUGUGGACCACCUGAUUGAAGCUUGCUAACCACUGGUGCCAAAAGAUUCACUCCUGUGCUGAGGAAUCUCAAUGUCCUGUUGUGGUUUAGUAAAGGUUGGAGAGUGGUUAUGCCUGUGGAAGUGCAGCACAGCUCAUACAGUCACUUACCUGCGCUUCUUCAACAUUUCUAGUUCUAAAGUGCCUUACAGGUCCCAUUUGCAAUGCUUAACAGACAGCCUUGCAAAUUUAAACCCUCUGCACUGAAAAAGUAAGAGUGGCCAGGCUGAUUUUUAUGAUGUUGCCUUCUAACCUCGAGAAGCCACAUCUACAAGGGCUGUUGCCUGUGAUUUGAUCUCAAGAAGAAAGUUUCUCCUCUUCCACUUAUGGAGGCCAUGUUUAAUUGGCCAUUGUUGUCCCCAUCUGUGAGGAAAGGCACUAUAAAGUCACCAACCAUACUGGACAAGCAGCUUCCACUGAUGAGGUAAAGGGAAAUGUCCGCUUACUAAAAUACUUUAUUGAUGGCCCCAAGAAUAUCACUGAGCUGUUGCAGAAUGUUUCUUUAGAAAAAAGCACCCAACACUUUUAAAGGCACUUAGACUCAGGAGACCAAGUACUACUGGCUAUGCUUGAGGUCAAGCACACUGUCAGUAAUUUAGGCCAAACAGUUUGGUUUACUGUUAAAGCACUUGGUAGCUAACUCUUAAUUUUUUUAAAAAAGCAGGCUUAGUGUUACAUACAAGCCCUUCCUUCUUUUGCCUUUUAUACAAGUUUGCCAACAUGCAUAAUCAAACCUUUAUCUGUUAAUGUUGAAAACAGCAAUUGUGUUCAUGUUUUUCUCAGAAGCAAGUCUCACUGUGUACAGUGAAAUUUACUACCAGUUAAGUCUGCAUAGGAUUUAGAAAAAGUCUAAAUGGCUUUUUCAUGAGUAAUGUGGACAGCAUGUAAUACUUUGUAUGUGGCUUUGAGCUAACACACACAUAGACUUAACUACUGUAAUUCAUAGCUGCUUAAUGUAGAGAAAAGCUUUCCUCGUGCUGUGGAUUUUACAUUUUUAUCUGAAAACUAUUUAUUUUGUUUUAUAUAAACAUUUUAUAAUACCAUCUUUUUUUGAAAUAAAGUUUC